UGAGCUGCAAUAAACGGCUUUCGCAUAUCGGCGUCUUCAUUGCAACAUUGGCGACGAAGAUGGGAUGAAGCGGCACUGAAGCUAUGGCCACCACUUACGGCAAGCUGCCGGAGUUCUGCCCGGACUCGGGAAACAUCGACGUCUACCUAGAAAGGUUCGAACUAUUUGCGAAAGCAAAUGGAAUAGACGACGGAAAGAAGCUUGAAGUCUUCCUGACCAUAAUAGGAGAGAAGGCCUACGUGACACUGCGUAGCUUACUGCUGCCGAAAACGCCCACCGAAGUAAAGUACGAAGACGCCAAGAAGGUGCUGCAACAGCACUACGCCCUGAAGCGGUCUGUGGUCACCGAGCGAUACCACUUCUACCGGCGGAACCAGGAGUCAAAUGAAACCAUCGCACAGUUUCUUGUGGAAUUGAAGAGGCUCGCAGCGACAUGUUCUUUCGGAAAUUUCCUCCAAGAAGCGCUACGGGACCGCCUAAUUGCCGGACUACGGAGCGACACCAUCCGAUGCCGUCUUCUCGCCUUGCCCGACGACGAGGUCACCUGGGAACGGGUGUGCAAGGUAUCCACCGCCAUGGAGGCUGCACAGAAGGACACCCAGGACAUGCUGUGCGACAGCGCCGGGGCCAGCAACGCUCAACUGUACUGGCAAGGAAGCCAAGGGAAGCCUAACGCAACAAGCAAGGUACAGUAG